UUUCAGGGAACUUCCGUAGCUAUCACUGGCGCAGCAGAAGGUUUACGGCCGGGAAAGCAUGGAUUUCACAUUCAUGAGUUUGGUGACUUUUCACGUGGAUGUCUCUCCACUGGGCCACACUACAACCCGGAUGGAAAUGAUCACGGUUCACCAGAGAACAACAACUGUCAUGCCGGUGAUCUUGGUAACAUCAUAGCGUACAGCACCGGGCUAGCCAAGAUACAGAUUGCGAACAAAAAUAUUACGCUUGUCGGUGACCGAAGCAUCAUUGGCCGUACCCUUUCCAUAACAGAAUUUGAAGAUGAUUUAGGCCGCGGAAACCACGACUACAGUAAAACAACAGGAAACUCGGGUAACUGUGUUGCGUGCGCUAUUAUUGGUGUCGCUCGGGAAGAAUACUUUGCCGAACGAUUGCAUCUGACCACCGACGAAUAGUAGUUAUAUCGAAUGGUAAUCAUUGGGUUUCGACAUGAGAGCAUAUUAUUUCAAAUGUUUCAGCGGUGCAUCGAGUCUCUGUUUUAAGUUUUUUUUAAUACAAGGCCAAGGAUUUUAUGUUCGUUUGUUGUUUUACUUUUAUCAAUUUAAAUGUUGCCACGGAAUGUAACUGUCGACCUUUACAUACUUUCGGACGAUCGAUCGAAUACUUCCUGCAUGCGAAAAUUUGCAGUAUUUAGGUAUCAUUAGUUUUUAUUUAUUUUUUUUAUUUACAAUGUAAAAAUGCGACUAAUCUAUAAAAUGUAACAACCUGCCUAUUUCCCCGGAAGGAGAAACUAUGCUUCGACUAUGUUGUGAGAAUUUCUAUUGCAAUAGUUCCUCUCAGCAUCCGUUACAGUCUCAACAGAUUUAAAGCUUUCGCUUUCGCUAUCUUCCGUUUUCA